UGGUCAUUCAUGGUUAACAGCAUUCCAAUGAUCACCUUAUUGUGUUUGCUCGUCAGCUUCUGGACUUGUCAUGGUGCAGCUGCACUGUUCAUUGGAGACACGCUUAAUCCAGGGGAGGCCCUCAAUUCCUCGAGCUCUAUGGUCUCCGCUUCGGGGGAGUUUACGUUGGGUUUCAACUCCGGCUACCUCAUUCUGAGGUGCAAGAACUAUGCGGUUUGGGUUGCCAACCUGCACACUCCGAUUUCAGACCCUUCGUCGGCGCUUCUCACCUUGGAAAAGAACACAACUGUCCUGCAAAUUACCCUGAAAGGCAAGAAUCCCAUCGUUCUUUACUCCCCUUUUCAUGAUAAUAGUACCAAUAAUGUUGUGGCUACCCUGUUAGAUUCUGGCAAUUUAGUCCUACGAGAGGUCAAUCAGAACGUUUCAAACUCUCCGUUGUGGCAAAGCUUUGACGGUCCUAAUGUGGCUCUUAGGCCGGGGAUGAAAUUAGGUUUUGAUGCUGGUCUAAGUAUAACUAGCAACAGUAUGUCGAUUUGGAGUUGGCAGGAAAAUCAGAACAGCCCGGGGCCAGGGUCUUUCAGCCUUUAUUGGGAUUCCGGCACGCGCCAAUUGCAAGUUAGGAGAAACGGGGAUCUUUGGUGGACUAGCGAAACAUUGAAAAGUGGAAUAUACGAGUAUGCUAAUUUCCGUAAUAAAUCCAAGGUCUACAAUUUUAGCGUGGUUUCAUAUGAGAAUGGAGACUUCUUCAGUUACACUGUCGUUGGUGAUCCAAAUGGCAGAUCAGCCUGGGUGCUAGACACAGGUGGGGAGCUUUAUGAUGUUAACUAUAAUAUUUCUAUUGGGUCAGCAGGUGACUGUGAUGGCUAUAAUUAUCACACCACCUAUAGCUAUGUCGCGAUCGACGGCUAUAACCCCGUUGCUGGGAAGUGCCAGAGAUGGAGUGGCCGGGCCACUCUUUAUUGUCCUGUGGCAACAUCCUCUGGUGCAUUUAUUCAGCCGACAGAAAGGCGCUCCUUUAGACCAAUCAGUAUGAACAUGUAUAUCAAUUCAACAUGGGAGGAGACAAAUUCAAGUCGAUAUGGGAUUUAUGAAUGUAUGGCUACUUGUUGGAUGGACUGUGACUGCCUUGGUUUCGAAUUUCUCUUUGAUAAUCAGACUGGAUGUCGAUUUUGGAGCGUAAAGUAUUCUCAGGUCCUUGAAGAUCCGGAUAGUUCUGCAACUAAAUAUAUUAUACCAGGACUAGUCGCUACGAAUAAACCGCAAUCUCGAAGAAACAUAAUUGAUGCAUCACAUAAGUGGAUAUGGAUUGGUAUUGCAAUUGCGGCUGUUCUUCUGGCGCUGGUGCUUUGUAGCAUCUGCUACCUAAUACGAAAAAGAAAACUUGCAGGUGAGAACCAAAUAAACAUCCAGGAUAUGCUGAACGUCAUGAAAUCUAAUAGACCUACUGAUGCUAAUGGGCUUCAAAAUGAUGGAAAGAGGGGACAAGAUUUAAGUGUAUUUAGUUAUGCAUCUAUUAUAGCUGCCACUUGCAACUUCUCUAAUGAAAAUAAGCUCGGAGAAGGGGGUUUUGGACCUGUUUAUAAGGGGAAAUUGGUGACUGGACAAGAAGUAGCAGUGAAAAGGCUUUCAAAACGUUCAGGGCAGGGAUUAUAUGAGUUUAAGAAUGAAUUGAUACUUAUAUAUGAACUCCAGCAUACAAACCUUGUUCAGCUGUUUGGAUUUUGCAUUCAUGGUGAAGAGAGGAUGUUGAUAUACGAGUACAUGCCAAACAGAAGCUUGGACUACUUUUUAUUUGAUUCAACUAGAUGCCAGCAGCAGUUAGACUGGAACAACCGUUUCAGCAUAAUUGAAGGAAUUGCUCAAGGUUUACUUUACUUGCACAAGUAUUCCAGAAUGAAAGUAAUUCAUAGAGAUUUGAAAGCAAGUAAUGUUCUACUUGAUGAAAGCAUGAACCCCAAAAUUUCCGAUUUUGGAAUGGCAAGGAUUUUCACGAAUGAUGAACAAGAAGCAAAUACUAUGAAGAUUGUUGGGACACGUGGAUAUAUGUCCCCUGAGUAUAUUAUGGGGGGAAAAUUUUCCAUAAAAUCUGAUGUCUAUAGUUUCGGUGUAUUGAUGCUUGAAAUCCUAAGUGGUAGAAGAAACAACAGCUUCUACAAUGAUGAUCGCGCCCUCAAUUUAGUUGGUUAUGCAUGGGCGAUAUGGAAAGAAGGUGCAGGACUAGAACUAAUGGAUCCAACACUUGGCGAUUCAUGUGAUAAAGAUCAUUUGUUGAGGUGCAUCCAUGUUGGUUUGCUUUGUGUAGAGGAAAAUGCAGCCAGUCGACCAAAGGUGUUAGAUGUGAUAUCUAUGCUGACUAAUGAAAGCAUGUCACUGCCAGUACCUACAAAACCAGCAUUUUGUACAGAAAGAAAUGUCAUCACAACUACUAUAGGUGGAAACGGACCGGAAGUGGUGGUAUCGGUAAAUGGUAUCUCCAAUUCUGAUUUUGAUGGACGUUAAAUUUAGUACCAAGCAAAUCGCCACGCUUUCCCCUCUAGAAUACAAGUGGUUAUGAGCUUCGAAGUAUGAUUUUUAGUCGAAAAAAGUUUGAGAUGGUUAUGUUUUCUUCUGUUAACAAAAUGUAAUCAUGUAUGUUUUCGAAGUAUUUUUGGCUGAAGUAUUUAUAAU